AUGGUCAUGUACACCAUCCUCAAGGCCACCGUUCUCGCCGCCGCCGCGACGGCCGCCAGCAUCCCCGCCAGGAGCACCGCAUCCUUCCGCCUCGCGGCCAAUGUCACCGGCCUCGACCUCAACCCCUCCGUCCAGGGUCAAGAGCUCACCUACAUCCCCAACGACGACUGCGUGGCGCCCCUUUACUUUGCCGCCCCCGGCAGCGGCGCCACCUUCUAUACCACCGACCAAAACGUCGGCGUCGUCAACUUCAACGGCGGCUCCUCCCCCGGCGCCGGCAUGAUCGUUACCCCCGGUGGCACUGCCACCGUGCCCAGCUCGAAUGUCGUGGAGCUGCAGUGCUCGGCCAGCACCAUUGGUGUCACCGUUGGCGCCACCGGACUCCAGUACGAUGGCGGCGCUUGGAUGGCGUGCCCCAGGGACGGCGCCAUCGUCUUGAGCUUCAAGCAGGCUGGACAGAGAACGCUUGCUUCGUGCGCCGAUGUCCAGCUUCUUCCCAUCUUUUAA